AAGGUAGAUUCGGAAAUAAUAUCAAAAACUAGGGUUACAGUUGUAGGUCUGAGCUUAUUUAAAGAACCUCCAUGGAAGUAUGGCAUUACAUCAAACCGAAGUUUAUAUUUUCCCUCCUUGAAAAACCAUGAAGCUCCUUUUACUCUUUUUCCUUAUUGCUACUAGUACCAUAUCAGUUUCCGCUUCCAAUAUUCCCAACCAAAUUCACCCACUGAGGCCGCAGUCUGGGGCAGCCGGCCACCGCAUUCCGGGCAUCAACUGCCUCAGCUGGAGGCUGGCUGUGGAGACUGAUAACAUCCGUGAUUGGGACGUGGUUCCGGCGACAUGUGAGAAUUACGUGGGACAUUACAUGCUGGGCCACCAGUACCGGAAGGACUGCGACGCUGCAGCUGCGGCCGCGUAUGAGUACGCCAAGAGCCUUAAGCUCAAAGGAGACGGAAAGGAUGCUUGGGUUUUUGAUAUUGAUGAGACUUCACUCUCCAAUCUGCCUUACUAUGCACUGCCGGAAAAUGCAUUUGGUGCCAAGGAAUACAACGAGACAUCAUUUCAGGAAUGGGAAUUAAAAGGGAUAGCACCACCAGUUCCAGCAACUCUUUAUUUGUACAAGAACCUACUGCGUCUAGGUUACAAGAUUGUCUUUUUGUCCGGUAAAAAAGAGAACCUCAGAGCAAUCACAGAGAAGAACAUGAAGAACUCCGGCUACCACACUUGGGAAAAGCUCAUUUUAAAGCAAAGCGAUGAUUCUGGUCUGACAGCAUUAGCGUACAAAUCCAAGAGGAGAACAGCACUUGUAAAAGCAGGAUACAGGAUCCUGGGAAACAUGGGAGAUCAGUGGAGCGACAUUUUGGGCUUGAAUGUCGGUAACCGGACAUUCAAAUUACCGAAUCCUAUGUUUUACAUUGCUUGAUCAAAAUUAGUUUGUUAGUUUCAUCUAAUUACUGUAAUAUGUACUGCAAAUAAAAUAUGGUUUGGUCCCUUUCACGGGUCCUAUCUAGUAUGCUCCCAAAUAUUAAUGGUCCCGAAUUUUAAUUUCU